GGAGCACAGGUAUUUGGGAAGUGACGUCACCAGCCCUCAAACGGAGGAAGGGGGGACGAAACGUUUCGGCUAGCAAGAUGGCAGUGAAAUCCGAUGGCGUGGGGGUCGUUACCGGGUUCGCGCAGCUGGAUGAGCAGGAUGAAACGACGGCCAACGACGACGAGCUGGACAGCGCGGCCAUCCACAUCUGCCAUUGCUGUAAGUCGUCGUCGUGUUACUGGGGCUGCCGGAGCGCGUGCCUGCGCUCCCUCACGAGGAAGGGGAACCGGAGAGGAGGAAGAGGAGCGGAGGAGCGCCUAUGGCUGGACUGUCUGUGGAUCGUGCUGGCCAUGCUUGUGUUCUUUUGGGACGUUGGUACGGACGUUUUGUUGGCCGUGGAUUACUACAGGAAGAGGGACUAUGCGUGGUUCGGGCUCACGCUCUUCUUCGUGCUCGCUCCGUCCGUGCUCGUGCAGAUCCUCAGCUUCAGGUGGUUCGUGCAGGACUACACGGGCGGAGGCCUCGGUCCGGUGCAGGGUCUCAGCCGAAGAGCCACCGCUGGACUGAGCGCAGGCAAGUACGGCAGACAUGCAUGCUGCCACAUCUCCAUCUGGACAUGGCAAGUGCUGGUGCAUCUUCUACAAAUGGGCCAAGUGUGGAGAUAUAUUCGGACUAUGUAUCUGGGCAUUCAGAGCCGGCGUCAGACCAGACACAGACGGAGAUUCUAUUGGGCCAUGAUGUACGAGUAUGCUGAUGUCAACAUGCUUCGGCUGCUCGAGACGUUCUUAGAGAGUGCUCCCCAACUGGUGCUACAACUUUGCAUUAUGAUCCAGAAGAACCGGGCUGAGACUUUGCAGUGUGUCUCUUUAUUAGGCUCGCUGAUGUCUCUGUCCUGGGUGUUAGCUUCCUACCAUAAGCUCCUGAGGGACUCCAGAGAUGACAAGAAGAGCAUGAGCUAUCGAGGGGCACUGGUUCACAUCUUCUGGAGGCUCUUCACUAUUUCUUCACGGGUGCUCUCCUUUGCUCUCUUUGCAUCCAUCUUCCACAUCUACUUUGGCAUUUUCGUGGUGAUGCAUUGGUGUGCCAUGGCCUUCUGGAUUGUGCAUGGAGGCACUGAUUUCUGCAUGUCCAAGUGGGAAGAGGUGCUAUUCAACAUGGUAGUUGGCAUUGUCUACAUAUUCUGCUGGUUUAAUGUGAAGGAAGGCCAGACACGCUACCGGAUGAUGAUCUACUACUUUGUGGUGCUUGCCGAGAACACGGUGCUCACUUGUCUGUGGUACGCCUACAGAGACCCAACCACCACAGACUCUUAUGCAGUGCCAGUCCUGUGUGGCGUUUAUGUAAGUUUUGCCUCAGGAGUGGUCUUCAUGGGCAUCUACUAUGGAGUCCUUCACCCCAUGGGCCCUAGAAUGAGGGUGCUAGCCAGCUCCUGCUGUGCCGAUCUACUCUGGGGCCUUCCUUUACCCCCCGAGGCCGAACCAAUGGCACCAACCCCUGGUCAUUAUGCUUCACAGACAACCCCAAGCCGGGCAUCUACAACAGUUUAUGGGCAGCAAGAUGACUCCACAACAGACACCUGUCUACCAGUGUUUCAGGUGCGCUCCCCUGAACCCGCCACGCCAUCGGGCCGCCAUCGACCAGAGGGGCCUCUCAUCAAGAUUGACAUGCCCCGCAAACGUUACCCAGCCUGGGAUGCUCACUUUGUGGACCGGCGCCUGAGAAGGACCAUUAAUAUCCUGCAGUUUAUCAGCCCCUCGGCUGUAGGGAUCAGGUACAGGGACGGGCCACUUCUUUAUGAGCUCCUUCAGUACGAGUCCUCUCUGUGACCAUAUCCUCACUCCUCCACACUUUUUAUUUCACUCGUUCUGGUCUAUUCAUUAUUAAUCAUCAUCCUGUUUUUCUCUUUUUUUUACAUUUUAAUUUAAUCAAAAGGUUUAAAAGUUUUUUUCAAAAAAAAAUUUUUUUCUAAUGAUUUAUUAUGAAUGAAUACUUAAAAUGUGAAAAAGAAGACCUGAUCUUAGUCAGUGUAAAUGAUUUUCUUAUGCAAACUGUGAGUGUAUAUUUAUUUGUACAUAUGCAUUUUCUUUUUGAUAGAGUCUGUUGAAUAAUGUCAACUUCCUUUAAGAGGAUGUAUAUCUUCUGUCAGUGUGUUUACAGCUAGCUAAAACCAUCACAUUAGAAAAGUGGAGGUAGAUUGACCUUGUUGAAGCUACUUAUCUAUUCCAUUCCAUUCCAUUCCAGUUCUGUGUAUCUUUAGUUAGUCUUCCUGUUGGUUUGUCAUUGUAUAUAGUGUUUCAGUGUUCUGUAGGGUUUCAGACUUUGCUUUGCACUUACACUGACCCCUGCAGGCAAAAGCUUCAAAUUGACAGAUUAUGUAGUGGCAUUCAUUGACUGAUUGCCUUAAAGAUACCUUAAUAAGAAGUCCUAUUUUCAGAAAUGUACUUCAUGAGGUACCUCAUUGACUCAUGAUAGCACAUUUUCUCUAAAAGCUCAUGAAGUACGUCAUAUUAUCAGGAACAAAGAGUGUAGAGUUUGUUGAGUACAUAGGAAAAAUGACAGCUUUUAACUUAAGAAAGGCUCUCCAGAGUUCUUUUCAUAGCAGUGUUGCCAGGUGUUUUCCUGAUGAAUUAAGCUACUCUGGAGUGUAUUAUCAGUGAAUUUGGGAAUUGGUCUCAUAGCUAUUAGAAUAAUAUAAUAAUAUCUGUAAUUAUAUGAGAUCAUUUUGGCAAACAGUGUUGCACUACUGCUUUGUACCACGUGAAAGCCGUGUGUAGGUUUAUGUAAGACCGACCUGGCAUCCCUGCUUCAAAGUAUUGUGCUCUUGCCUUCUCAGCUGUCCGUUUAUCUUUCUGCAAUAUUGUGGGAAUGGUCAGGUAGUUUUCCUCCAUUCUUCCUAGCCCCACACAUCUAUUUCUCUGUUGGUGCUCAUUCUCAUGGUUUCUAGUCCAGUUCCCUAUUUGGGCAUGAAACCAAGUAAUAAAGUCAAAAGGUGCAAAUGCUUGUCAUCUGAUUCCGUAUGGAAUCAUUUGCAUACAUGUAUUUUUUUGUUUUCUCCAGUGUUGGAUUUUUUUUAAUUUAAUUUUAUUUUUAAGUUUGUUCAAAAAAGCUUAACUCAUGGAACUAAAUACUUAUCUUUGCCUGAAUAUACCUGAUUUUUUUCUCACAAACUUAAGAAACCAUUGCAAUGUUUAUUUCCUGGAGAUGUGCAUGCCUUCCUAACUCGCAUCCUUUGCUAUAACCUAACCACCUGUCAGCAACCUUCUUAUUCAGGACAGGUGCUUGCAACGAAUAGUUUUUCUACUGAAACUAAGCAAACAGCAUAUUGUUGGGUAUGGUGCUACUUUCUUACACAGAUCAUGUGUUUUUGUGGAAAUGUUAGGGCUCAGAAUGCUUGGUAAGACUGCUGAACACCUACUGACAGCUGUUUGUUUUAAACUUGGCCACGUACAUGAACUUUUGUCCAAAAAAAACAUUCAUCCAGGUCAUUUAAAUUUCUAAUUAUAGUUAAGUCAAUGAAGCUCGAAGUAACAAACUCCUGAGAAGUUUAACAUCUUCUAGAUAAGUCAAGAUGCCUUAGUUUAAAUGGCAAAGUUAGGCAAUCAGUUGUUUUAUCUCAGUAUUACACUAUUCUCAUUUCCAGUUUAUUCUGUAUAUUUUAAAUAUGUGUCACUUACAUCAUGAACAUCAACACAUUUCAGGUUUGGUACACUGAGUAUAUUGCUGUGGCUCCUUUUGUGCCUGCUGUGAUCCUAAAUCCCAGAUGCCAUGCAGGUGCAUCCAUCAAGGUGAAGGGUUCUUGCCAGGGCUGGAAAGGAGCUUGAGGGACAGCUUAUUAGGGUUGACAUUACAAAUUCGCUUGAGGUAAACGAUUUCUUACAGUUUGUGAUACGUGCAGAUAUGACGUUGUAAUUUGAGCUCUUGUAUACUGUCUCUUUUAACAUGCUCCUUCCCUGGUUGCUGCUAGCCCUUCCCUUUAUAUCAGUGUGUGGCUCAGGUAUAUUCUGGUGCAGAUAUUCUACAAAUAUGAACAAAUGAUUACUACAAAUGUGCUUUUUGGCUUGUUUUCUUUCAGAUGUUGUACUUUAAGUGAAUACAUUCACAACAUAGUACCUCUGCAGAUAGAGUAACUACUGAAACUUGGUUCUUGUUUCAGGUCACUUCAAUUUUAAAUUCUGGUUUUGUUGUUUGCUGGAAGUUUUAACUUGUAUUUUGUUUUUGCCAAAAUGUUCUCCGGGUGCAAAUAGUUGCUAAGUAUGUCCCAUGGGGAAUUGCCAUCCUUCAGGUCCUAAAACACUGUGAUUAGUUUGUAUCUUCAUAAGCAGCAUCAUUUGAAUUGCUUUAGCAUUUUAAAUCAGUGUUAAGCUGAGAUUUCUGUGCAGUAAUAUACUGUAUCCUCAGAUCCCCAAUGUUCUGAAGACACACGUUUAAUUUUUUCUUGGCAAAAUACCCAUUAUUUGGAGUAAUUUUUUUAUGAUGUCAUUUCUCCUGUUCUUCUGUUCAUAUUACUCUCAAGCUGCAGUCUCUGUAGAGAAUGGCUGACAAUGCAGAAAAUGUGUUGAAUCUGAUUGAAUACUCGUCAUACUGUACACCCCAGUGGUGCAGCUCAGACGCUUCAAUAUACCCACAUGAGCAGAUGCUUGGCCUCGAUAACAAUCCCUUCCCAAAAACAUUGCGUUUCUGUCACGAUGAUCCCAUUUUAUUUUAACCUGUGGUGCUUUUAUAUUGCUGGUGCUUAAUGCUGCCAAGACAAACUUUUCAGCAAACAACAAUGCCAAUGUGCACAUUUUUUUGUUCCAAAUUAGUUUGUUUUCCAUGUGCAGAAGCCGAAUAUGACACUUGUAUUUAACACGGCAUUGCAGCAGAGAGUAAAGUAAACAUUCCAGUCUCAUUGUAAGUUACAGAAGUGGGAGAUUCAAUGGUGCAGCUGCACAGGAAAGCUAGAUCCUGUGCACAGCCCAAUAAUUGUUCUUAAAGUGUUACAGAUACAGCAAUACUAGAUAUUUACAACUAUUUAUUUGGAAGACACCUUUUAUCGAAAGUGACUUCUAGGUGAUGCAGAAUCUCUGGCAGUCCUGGAAUUCAAAACAACUUUCCUGUAACUAAGCACAACCUACUGUAACUAAGUGGCAUUGCAAGUUUUUACUUGAAUUGUUAAAAAAAAACCUGUUAGGAGCACAUUACAGACAUGCGUUGAUGUUGAAGCUAGACGGUGCUGUUUAGUAUUGCUGUACUCAGUGGACUUUUGGGAACAUUAUCAUCAAGGUGCUAAAGCUGAACCGCCUUUGUAUAUUAUGUAUAUGAAGACGUAAAUAGAUUUUCUUAUAAAGCCUUACUGUAUAAUAAUUGUAACAAUCUGUUCAUUUAAAAAUAAUUCUGAACAAAAAUGACUUGUACACUAUAAAAUACAGAAAUCUAAAGUGCUUUUUUUUUUUUUUUACUUUAUUUAUACAUUGUGUUCCUUCUCUAAAUGCCAUUGUGAGUGAACAUGCUUAUGUACAGAAUGCUAAAGCUACAGUGUAGCUUUAAUCAUGUGGAUAUGCUUUUCUGUUUAGACUUCAAUAACUUGAUGUAUUGUAUGCAUGGUUUUCUCCAUUCUUUAUGUUUCUACAAGUUUCACAGGUGUAAUUCAGAAUUUUAUUAUUAUAGUCUGCAUGGCCCCUUAUAAUAGAAUUAAUCAGACUUUUGUUUGAGGGCAUAUUGGCGCACCAUGUAAUUGAGUAACUUCAAGUUCAGAAAAACUAGAUUAGCAGAAUUUAAAAUGAAUUUGAAUUAUUAAUCAAAACACAGUAUCUAAUUCUGUAAAAGCCUGGAGUCUUUACCUUCUGUAUUUGAUAGCCAGUGUUGCUCUACUAGAGCAGGGAAUGGGUUUUACAAGAGCAUGAAAAAUAUCAAUAUCAAUGUCAAAAUAUGCAACCUGUAAAUUGUACACGUACAUAGGACAUGUGUAUUUUGCUACACUUAUGUUUGACCUUUUGUUUAUUUAUUUAUUUAUUUUUGGAAAGCACAGGGAUUAACGACUGUGUACGAUAUUCUGCGAGCACUGUUCUGACAGCGGAAAAAAUGGUAUCAGUUUAGUUAUAGACGCUCACCGAGCACUUUAUUAGGAACACCUGUACACCUACUUAUUCAUGAAAUUAUCUAAUCUCAAUUUCUGCUAAAACAGACAGAAAUGGACACCAACACCAUGGAUCCAUGGUCCCAACCUGCCCUGUGUCAACAGUCCAGGCUGGUGAAGGUGGUGUAUUGAUGUGGAGGUUGUUUUCUUAGCACACAUUGGGCAACUGAUAAUAAUCUAUAAUCGCUUGAAAGCCACAGCCCUAUUUACUUUACAAAUUAUAAGUAUAGUCCUAAAGAAGUGCUCGGUCAAACAAAGAAAAAAUUAUGCCAGAACAUCUCCACUUUUAAGUGUAAAAAAAAAUCAACAUGUACAAUGUCACUAAAACAAAACACAUUUUAGAAAACAAAAGAAAAAAGAAAAAAAUAAUAAUCUAAUUUGCAUACUUGGACAUCCUUUUUGAAUUGGGUAUGUGGCUGUGCUCAAAAUCCACCAGUCAUCAAACUCAUGUGAAAUAAUAAUUAGUGCACGGCUGCGUUCAACUUAAGCGACUGAUUUAAAUAAAAAAAACAUUUUUUUAUUUUUUUAUGAUAAAUAAAAAAGCACAAAUCCAAAUAAAAAAUGGCAUCAGCAGAAAAAAAAGUGUUUUGGAGUGGUCCAGCCCGAGCCCAGGUGCUGCACAUUUACGCAAUUAAGAUAUUUAGCUUUUUUUCUCUGAUGUGAGAUCAGUUUCAUUUUUUUACUGCCAUUGUACGAGUUGUAAUUUUACAUUAAUGAUGGAAAUGUUAUCAUAUAAUUUAUCUUUAACCUGCUGUUUUAACAGGGCUAUUUAAAACAUUUAUAUUUAUACACUUUUUUUUGUAUUUCUGUGUUUCUAUUUUUGCAAACAGAUACUUUUACCAUAAGUGAUUCUUUAGCUUGCCUUUUUUGUUUGUUUGUUUGUUUGUUUUGUUGUUGUUGUUGUUUUCAGGCAUCAGUGUUCAGUUUUCUGUAUGGCAGUACAUUAUAUAACGCUUUGACUCCAACAUUUACUUUGUCAUUCAGUAAAAAUGGUCAGGUUUGUUAUUAAGAAUGUCGGCUUAACCAAAGUUGUUUUGGAACUGUUCUCUAAAACGUUUGUAUAUCAUACUUAAUUAACACAGCACAAUAUUUAAAAAUGUUGCCCUUGUACCAGGUUUUUUGAUUGGUCUGUAUUGCAUAAGGGGACAUCACCUUGUUGGUUGUAAUUGAGUUUUUAAUCAAAGCACAAGAGCAUAGUCUUUGGUAUCCAAACACUGCAAUACAAUCACGUUCUCUAUUCUGGUUUUGACACCAGUCGCUUUGGAAAGGAAUGUCGCAUCGCUUUCCUUCAUAUUUUUCUUCAUGUAGGUAGUUAAUUCUGUACAAAAUGUAUAAAGUAUGAUGUACACAAAAUGUAUAUUUACUGUUCUCCAAAAGUUCUCUCAGUAUAUAUUUUACCAGUGGUGGAUUAAAUCAGAUACUUUUGAUACAUUCAAUAGCUUAUAUUUAUGAUAUACUGUGAAGCAGAAUAAUAUUUAUGUGGGGUUUGUACACUUGUAAGCUGAUGACAUCACAAUCCUGAUGUCAUUACAGCACAGCAUCUUAUAUUGUUGAACAGAACACAAUGAUUGUGUUAUAGCUAUCAGAUGGACAAUCCUAUCAGAUGGAACCUGGAUCAUCUAAUAGCUGUCAGGUGAUUAGCUAAUCAGUGAUGGGCGCAGAUUUCUAUUUUUCUUUUUUCUUUUCUUUUCUUUUUUUUUUUUUGCUUCAAACAGAACUGGUUUUAAUGCUCAGUGAUAUAAAAUAAUGAUCUAAAAACAAUAACAGACCAAGUCAUGGUCUAAGGGCUGUCACAUAGCUAGACUACAUGUUUAAGUAUAUUUUUUUAAAGCUAUCAAAGGGUACAGUUUUCAGAAAUGAGUACAUUUGCUCUUGUGGAGCAACACCACCUAUUAGUGACAGAACAAGGUGAUUGCCCCUUGCUUUCAUAGCACUUCUAAUUCUGAAAUGUCUUUAUUGAUUUGUCUGUUUGUUGUCAUGACCUUAAGGAUUGUUACAAGCAUACAUAACUUAAUAAUUCUGUGUUGAUGGUUUUGUGGCAGGUUCAGAAUACCUGCAGGACUGUAGUGAAUAUUUUAAGACGCCUUUAUUUUUCCAUAGUUUGCACUCAAAGGAAAUAGGUUUGGCAGAAUGUAACUUUAGAAUAAUAAUGAUUGUCUUCCCCAAGGCAAAGUUAAAUACAUUUGACAACAGCCGAUCUGAUAUUGAGAUGCUAUAUUAAUUAAAAGUUUUUAUGAUUUCUCUUGUUUUAUGGUUCAGGCCAAAUAAUUAUCACACAUUAUUCUGGUUAUAUUUUCAUUCUUUUAACAUGUUUUAAAAACACUAAUUGUAAAAUUCUAGUUCUAAAAUUAGGACAUUUAAAUCCUUUAUUAUAGAUAGAUUUUUUUAAAUCAUUUUUCUUUUCAAAACAACAGAAGUGUCAUUUGAGGUGAAUUAUAUAGGCUACGUAUUAUAUUCGGCAGUUCUGUUUUUAAACCCAUCAUUCAAAGUAUACAGAUCAGUCAUAACAUUAAAACCACUGACAAGUGAAGGGAAUAACAUUAAUCAUCUUGUUACAAAGGCAGCUGUCAAUCGGGUGGAGUAUAUUAGGCAGGAAGGGAACAGUCAGUUCUAGAAGUUUUGGAAGCAGGAAUAUAGGCAAGCAUAAGCAUCUGAGGAACUUGAGAUGAUCAAGGAAGGAAAUCCGGUGAGCCGGUGAUGAUGUCAUAGGCGCCCAAAAAACACUGACGUGCAUGGAGAGCGAAGGCUAGCCUGUCGUUUCCGAUCCCAUAGAAGAUCUACUGUAGCACAAAUUUGUGAAAAGGUUAAUGCAGUUUCUAAAGGAAAGGUGUCAGAAAACACAUUGCAUUGCAGCUUGCUGUGUAGCUGCAGAUCGGUCAUGACAUGACUGCCCAUGCUGACCCCUGUCAUGUGGAUAGGACUUUGACAUGUAUCAUCUACCUAAAUAUUGUUGCAGACCAGAAAAACCCCUUCAUGCCAACAUUAUUCCCUAAUGGUGUAUUAAUGUCUUUCCUCAGACCUCAGGAUAAUGCGCCCUGACACUCUGUUUAGAAAAGGCUUGAGGAUCAUGACAAAGAGAUCAAAGUGUUCCAACAGUUUUAGGCCUCCAAAUUUCCCAAAUGUCAAUCGAAUGAACCAGUAUCUGUGAGAUGUGCUGAACAAACCAAUCUGAUCUCAGAAGGAAUCACCUCACAAUUUGAGGAGUAAAGGAUCUGCUGCUAACAUCUUGAUGUCAGAUACCACAGCACAUCUUCAGAGGUCUUGUUCAGAGUCCAUGCGUUGUUUUGCCAGCACAAUGAAGACCUACACAACAGUAGGCAGAUGCUUCUAAUGUUAUGGCUGAUCUAUGUAUAUUGUAAAGCAAGUAAUAGUUUCUUAACAACAUUGUAACAGCAUUGUUUUUUAAAUAAAAUAACAGCUUUAUUUUAAAUAAAAGACUUUAGGGCCAGCUAAAUGUGGCUGAUCUGAAUCUCAUGACCAAUUCUGUUCCUCAGAUUUUCUUUAGAGAGAAAUAUGGUGAGUGAAAAUAAUUUACCAGUUUGCUCUGAAAUCUGAACAGUGUUACGUACAAGCAGUGUUUGAUAAUUUGUUUGUUUGUUUGUUAGUUUGUUUGUUACUGUGACAGUGAAUUUUUUUAAAUCUACAAUCUUUCUAAGUGUUUUUGAACUUGUUUUGUGUCUAAUUUCUAUUUAACUAUAUGAAAGUUUAUAUUUCAAGUAUUUUUUUUUGUUGUAUUGACUAUUCAAUUAAUGGUUAAAACCGAGGUAUAAAUGUAUAAAUAAUAAUGUAAUGGAGGGUAUGAUGUGCUGUAAAACAUUUAAAAAAAUUUUGUAUUAGCAAUCUGAUGAACUUAGUUCAGAUGUAUGUUGGUUAAUAAUUAAUUGUAUGUUUUGGUAGUUUUUGACAUCUGCUUAAAAAUGAAAAUUUAGAAAUGUCUAAUUUUGCAUGGGUAUAUAGUGUGUUUGGCACACUGAAAAAAAAUACUAAGGGUUGCGAUUCAGGGGUUUUGUUGAAGUCUGUUGUUUAGUUUUUGUUUUUCUUGGUAUGUGUUUGUUCUGUGUGACUGUCUCAUUAGGCUGUUAUGGUCCUUUGCUACCAUUAACUGUGAGGCUCUUGUUCUGAUUCCUCAAGGCAAGACGUAUGUUGCAUGAACGUAGUCGUCUAAUGUUGUGAGGCGUCUUUGAAGAUCUCACCAGCACAAACUCAAAUUGCUGAUUUGUAUUCUGAAUCUAAAGGCUAUAUUCUAUACGUCAGGAGAUUAGUAGUUGACUGUUUUCUGAGGGUGAACGUUGUAUGGUAUUUCUAUAUUUUUACUUUUUUCAAUGGUACUUUUUUGUUUUUGUUUGUUUUGCAGUUUCUCAUAUGUAACCUACCACUGUAUAGAAACCAACUACCUGCAUAGAUGUUUUUUCAUGUUAAUUGUUCGAAUUAUAUACAGUGAGUGAUUGUGAGUCAAAACUUUAGUUUUAUGGAUUGAAUCAUUGUAUGUAGUCAUCAAUACAAUGGAUUGUGUCCCCUUUAAUCACAUAAUGCCAGAGCCUUUCAAAUUGUUCUAAACUAUGAUGAUGAGGACAUUACUUCAUGCAUACAGUAAUAAUUACUGUACAUGUAUAUAUUUUUUUCAAUUAUUUAUAACACAGUUUUGUUGAUUAUUACCACUUUAUAACCACUUUGGUUUCGUUAUUUCUCAUCUGUGCUUGUCUUGUUUCCUCCAUUUAGUGUCCUCCUCUGGCAAAAUAAUGAAUGUGAUUCAUAAUGACAAGAUCAGUUUAAUGGGAUUUACAUCUGUAAUUUUUCCUGAACAUUUUAAGAUGUAUAAAAGUAAGACAGAUUCGCAUACGUGACUUUAACACUGGAUUUAACAGCUGAACCAUUUUGAGUUUGAAAUCUCCUUUGAGUUUACAGUUUUAUACCUUAUCUGAGGUUUUAAUAAUCACAUGUUUUAAAAAAAUGAACUGUACAGAUUCUUCGGAUUAGCAAGAUACAAAUGUGCACACAAACAAAUAAUUUUGUAUCUUUGUCCUUUUAAUACAUGGAAAUGUGACAAAAAAAUAAACAUUUCAUUUUCCUACAGA